UGUCACCAUGUUGGAUGGAGGUGCAGGCACCAGUACAUCAGGAGAACAGAUAUGUCUGUGUAUGAGUAAGAGGAAGAAGAGCCAGAGCUGGAAUGAGAUGAGUAUUAUGGCCACUCAGCCUCCCUACACAGACAACCCCUGGAUGAAGGCAGAUGAUGGGUUCACUGCCUCUGUUGCAUGGCAGUCCCUGUCCCUCAGGGAUAAGGCAGGACCCAGCCACAGCACUACCAGCACCUCUUACAGCCAGCCUCCGUGCUCUCCACUGAAGCCUGGGAAGAAUUCAUCAGCCUCAACUCAGUAUCCAGACCGAAACCAAUUAGAUCAACCUAAGGACACCUCACAACACGGGAUGAUGGGCCCGUCAAAACAGGCAAUAGAGGCAAAGGCUAUGGCCACAGAGGAGAGUGCAGACAUAGAUCUCUACGUGAGACCCAGCUUUGAAGAGCUGAGGAAAGCCCACUUCAGAGAAGACAAAGAGGUGCUCCUGGCUCGGAGAUCCAUAGACAAAGAUGAUGAUGAGGAUGACGAUACGGAGAACACAGAUUAUACCGUCCCCAAGCCAAACUAUUGCAGCUGCACCUCCAGUGGUAGGGGAUACGCAGCACCGAUGAGCAAGCGGACACAGACAGGUGAGUUGCACACAUGAUAUGACACUGUAAUGAACAUGA